UGGUAGGAACUAGGAAGCAUACUGCGUGUUUGCAGUGAUUGCAUUGUUUGUAGUAAGCAGUACUCAACAGUAGCCAUAAAAAUACCAGUUACAAAAUUCGGAAGCGUUGGGAAACUACACAGUUAAAAUUUAAAAAUUAAAAAAGUCAAAAUCUCUAUCCUCGACGGCCCUGGUUAGCACUUAUUUAAAAUCAAAGGUCACGCGACUAGCAAACUGUGGGGCUGUUUUCAGCAACGGCAAUGAUUGAAGAAAGUGUAAGCUGUAAUCCAUCCCAGCCAGACUGCCGGUUGCGGCUGCGGCAGCGGGGACGAUUGGACGCUAAUUGUAAAUGUUAUUUUCCGGAGAACAGGUAAAAAAAACAGGAGGGGCCCUCGUCUUUCCUCAGUUUUUAUCUCAAUUUGUAAGCUGGUUUUGGAUGUUCCUUAUGGUUGUGGACAUUUCCCGUAAUAAUGCAGCACGCUAAUGCUGCGUGAUAAAGCGCGUACUGGUUCGCUGCUUCAAUCAGCUGAUUGAACACAGUGUUUCCCUCGACUCGACUCAUGAGAACCUUCAUUUGGGUUUGAAAAGUUUUAACGGCAACAUAGAUUUAGCGUUGCAGCGAUGGCAUCGCCCUCGACGAAGUCCUACUCUACCUCCGUAACGCAGUACAUGAGUGGUCUGAAGAGCCGGAAUGAAGAUACCAGAUCGCAGGCAUCACGGGAAUUGCGGCGCUACAUCAGUGGGGAAUUGCAGGAAGUUAGUCGAGAGGAGUUGGCAGCCUUUCUGGACGAAGUCAAUUCUUAUCUGGGGGAUUUGGCUUCCAGUGAACGGACAGAUAUCAGCGAGAAAAAAGGAGUAAUUCUAGCUAUCGCUACGUUGAUUGAGUUGGAUGUGGGAACCACGCAUUCGCGAAUCGCUCGUUAUGCCCAGUAUCUUCGUUCAAUGCUUCCCUCCUCGGACCUGGCGCAGACCGAACUAGCCGCUAAAGCCAUCGGCAAACUGGCGAUUGUCAGCGGGACAUACACCGCCGAGUACGUGGACUACGAGAUCAAGCGGUGCUUUGAGUGGCUCAGUGAACGCAAUCCCAGCGAGAACAAGCGUUACGCCGCUGUCUGCGUACUGAAAGAGCUGGGCAAUAACUGUCCCACCUUCUUCUUCCAGCAUGUACAGCAAUUUUUCGACUGCAUAUUCACGGCGGUUGAUCUGAAACCCUACAUUCGCGAACGUGCGGCGGAAGCUGUGCGGGCGGCUAUUGUUGUUACGGCCCAACGCGAGACACGCGAGCAUUCUAAGUCGGCAUGGUACGGACAGUGUUACGGGAUGGUGGUGACGGAGCUGCGCACCAAGCCCAGUGGAAAGGAAGAACGCAUCCACGGGGCUCUGUUGGUGUUGUGCGAAUUGUUGCGCUGUGCAAGUGUCGACGCGGAGCGGACGAGAAACAGUAUGGAAGAUGCUAUCAAGCAGCAGUCGGAAGUGGAUCUUAAUGCAGUUGCACGUCAGUCGCGAAUGCGCAAGCGGUUUCCAUUCGGAGCAGCUUUCGCUAAGGACCAUCCGAGUGAGGCCAGAACGAUUCACCAAGAAACCGGUGAACACAAGUUAUUUGAAAGUCAUGCUUGCAAAGAGCUGCUGGCUAACGAUUUUAACAAGAUCUGUAACGAUGUAAUGGCUCAGCGCAAUUCCAAAAGUCAAAAUGUCCAAUCUGCGGUUAUGCAGUUGAUACCUCGGUUAGCGGCAUUCCAGACCCAGUUGUUCAUUAAGGCUCAUCUGAAUGAUGCGGUGACAUACAUCCUAUCCAAUAUUAAACGCGAUCGACAGCAGACCUUCUUGACCAUCGGAUUCCUUUCUGUGGCCUUGGGGGAAAAUAUCAAAACACAACUACCGAAAGUCAUGGAUUUGCUGCGAACCACUCUACGGUCCAAAGAUGGAAAUACCAAAAAGAAAACAGUUCCUGAUGAUUCGGCAUACAUCUGUUUGUGCAUGCUGGCUAGAUCAGUCGGCAGCAGCAUGCAGGAUGAAUUGGAGGAUAUCCUCGAUGUUGCGCUUUCCGGUCAACUACGCCCAACAUUAGUGGCCGCACUGAAAGAAAUCUGUGUGGCGGUGCCGAAACUGCGCAAAACCAUACAAGACGGUCUCUUGAAAGUGCUUUCAUUGGUUUUAAUGCACAGACCGCUGCAGCAUCCAGGAGCACCUAGAGAUAACACUCCCAUAGUGACUGCUCCUACUGAUGAUGUUUUUACAGUUGUAUUGGCGCUGCGAACUUUAGGCAACUUCGACUUUGAAGGGUCUCUUGGUGGUCAUUCUCUGAUGCCGUUUGUUCAGUAUUGUGCCGAACAUUUUAUAAACAGCGAAGAUAAAAGUAUUCGCAUUGAAGCUGUUUCAACCUGCUCUAAACUGUUGUUACCGAUUAUACAAUCCUCGAUGAAGCCUCCUGGACAGUUCGCAAGCCCGACGGUGUUCAGCAUGGUCUCAGACAUAUUAAAAAAAUUGUUAAUUGUUGGAAUCACAGAUCCCUUUCCCGACAUCAGGUUUUGUGUAAUGUCUUCAUUGGACGAAAACUUUGAUAUUCAUCUUGCUCAAUCGGAAAAUUUGAAUUGCUUAUGUUUGGCUUUGAAUGACGAAAUGUUUGAUGUGCGAGAAAUUGCCAUUUGCAUCCUUGGUCGGCUAAGUGGACUGAAUCCAGCUUAUGUUAUGCCGAUACUAAGAAAAGUUUUGAUACAGUUGCUGAAUGAAUUGGAACACAGCGGAGUAAACAAAAACAAGGAACAAACUGCCAAACUAUUGGGCCAUUUAAUCGCUACCGCGCCUGCUCUUAUGAGAUCGUAUUCGGAGCCUAUCCUAAAGGCUCUUGUGCAUAAACUGCACGAUCAGGACUGCAGCAACGUUGUUAUCAUCAACAUCCUUGGCGCCGUCGGUGAAUUGGCUCGAAUCAGCUGCCCGACCAGUAUCCGGGAGAUUAAGAAGCGACUGGACGACAUUUUGGCCAUAAUUCUAACCAUCCUCCAGGAUCCUACGUCACCUACGAAACGAGAAUUUGCCUUAUGGACUUUGGGGAGACUGGUCGAAUGCACGGGAUGCGCCAUUGAGCCGUACAACAAAUUUCCAGUUCUACUUGAGACUCUAAUCGGAUUUUUGAAGAAUGAGCAGUCGCAGUCUUUGCGGCGGGAGACCAUCCGGGUGUUGGCUCUUGGGGCGCUCGAUCCUUAUGCACAUAAGGUCAAUCUGGGUGUAAUUGAAACCGGACUAGAUGCCUCGUCGCCUGUGGUGGGUCAGCCAGAACCCAUUGCCAUGGUUGAUGGAUCUCAGGAUACAACCCAAAUUCACGAAAUGCUGAUAUCAAUGAGCUCAGUCAACCUGGAGGAAUAUUAUCCAGCCGUAGCUAUCCAUGUGCUGAUGCGUAUUCUGAACGAUUCCACGCUGUCUCAGUACCAUACUAUGGUUGUUCAGGCCAUACAUUUUAUAUUUAAGAGCCUGGGUGUUAAGUGUGUACCAUAUAUUCCUCAAGUAAUACCCCAGUUCAUCAACGUGGUCAAAGCGUCUAACGAUGCGGUUUUUCGGGAAUUUUUGUUGCAACAAAUGGGCGCCUUGGUGUCCAUUGUGCAGCAGCAUUUGCGACCCUUUUUGUUGGCGAUCGUCAACCUGAUUCGCGAUUCUUGGACGGUGACCUCGCUGAUGCAAAUCACACUCAUCCAGUUGUUAGAGCAACUAGUCGUGGCGCUGGGUCCAGAUUUGCGACCGCACAUUUCCCACUUGCUGCCGCAGAUUUUGCGUAUCCUGAUCAAUGAUCCCAGUCCAGAAAGGAAUGUUACGGCCAAGUUGUUGAUCGCUUUGCAAAAAUUUGGACCGGUUUUGGAUGAUUAUUUGCACACACUGCUGGCACCAAUCGCCAAACUUUUAGAUACGAAAGAGGUUCCGUUGAGCGUGAAGAAACUGGUGUUAGAGCUCAUAAAAACAUUGGCAGAUACCAAUGAUCUUUCAGAAUACGCUGGACUGAUUGUCCAUCCCAUUGUUCGACUACUAGAAUCUACUCCUGAGCUCCAUUCCGCAGCCAUGGAUGCUUUAACUGCGGUACUAAAGCAGCUGGAUAAGAAGUUCGAGAUUUUCAUCCCGCUUAUUGAGAGAGCGAUGAUCAAGAAUCGGAUCACUCAUCACCAGUAUGGGUUGUUGGUCAAUCAGCUGCGUAACGGACACUCUACGGAGCAGGAAGAAGGUUCUGCGAGAAACAGGCGCUACUACAUGGGCGGACGAACGCCGCGGCCGACUGGCGAAAGUGUGGAUAACAACGGGACGAUGAAAAAUUUGGAUGUUAUCGUGGACAGUCUGCGCCGGGCGUGGUCAACAGCACGAUGCGCCUCCAAGGAUGACUGGAUUGAAUGGUUGCGAAGAUUAAGUUUGGAGUUGCUCAAAGAAUCUCCGGCUCCUUCGCUGCGAUGCUGCUGGGCUCUGGCGCAGUCAUAUCCGGCAGUGGCUAAAGAACUCUUUAAUGCCGCAUUCGCUUCCUGCUGGACUGAACUAACGGAACAGCAGCAAGAUGAAUUGAUUAAAAGUUUAGAAGAAGCCCUUAUGCGCCAGGAUAUACCGGAAAUCACUCAGGCGCUGCUAAAUUUGGCCGAGUUUAUGGAACAUUGCGAAAAGGGACCUUUGCCGUUGGAGCCACAACUGUUGGCCGAUUUAGCCAUGCGCUGCCGUGCCUAUGCUAAAGCGUUGCAUUAUAAGGAAAACGAAUUUCAUACCAGUCCAUCGUCAGAAGUCUACGAAGCGCUCAUCAGCAUUGACAACAAGUUACAACAGCCGGAAGCCGCUGCGGGAAUUCUAAAUUAUGCGAAACUUCGUGGAGCUGAAUUAAAGGAGUCGUGGUAUGAAAAGCAGCACGAGUGGGAAGCAGCAUUAGUGGCCUAUGAGCGGAAGCAGGAGCAAAAUCCUGUGGACGAAGAACUGCUCCUGGGUCGGAUGCGCUGUUUGGAGGCUUUGGGUGACUGGCAACAUCUACACCAACUGGCCCAAGAACGCUGGCCAAACGUUGGCGAUGAUCUGAAGCAGAGAAUGGCUCGUAUGGCAUCCGCCUCGGCAUGGGGUUUGCACCGGUGGGAUAACAUGGAGGAAUACGUGUGCCUGAUUCCACGAGAUUCGUUUGAUGGCGCUUUCUACCGAGCAGUGCUGGCGCUGCAUCAGGACCAGUUUAUCUAUGCGCAAUCGUUAAUUGAUAAGGCCCGGGAUUUGUUGGACUCAGAUCUGACAUCGAUGGUGGGAGAGAGCUACAGCCGAGCAUAUGGAUCGAUGAUCUUGACCCAACAGCUGGCAGAACUGGAAGAAGUGGCGCAGUACAAGCUGUACCCUGAGCGCCGACAAAACAUCAAAGAUACAUGGUGGAAGCGCUUGUUAGGAUGUCAGAGAGUCGUAGAGGACUGGCAACAUAUUCUUCAGGUGCGGAGUUUAGUUUUGAGUCCCCAAGAAGAUAUGCGGGCUUGGUUGAAAUUCGCCAGUUUGUGCCGGAAGACACGCCAUGUAUCAUUGGCGCAGCGCGUGCUUUAUAUGUUGCUGGGAUAUGAUCCUCGUCGUCAGCCUGGAACUCCCGUACCAACCAAUGCACCAGCUCUGUUUUUUGCCGUAAUGAAGUACAUGUGGCAGACGGAGGAGAAAAACGAUGCUUUCAAGCAGCUGCAGCAAUUUGUCGUAUCCGCGCAGCAAAUGCGCUCCGCUAACGUGCUGGAUCCCGUUGUAAUUGAAUUCAACAAGCUGCUCGCAAAAUGUUUCCUUCGCUUGGGGCAGUGGCAGGAACAACUGAAUGAAAGGACCGCACAAGAUGACCGUAAUAUUGCCCAGAUUAUUCAAUGUUAUAAUGCGGCUACACAGUACGAUCCGUCCAGUUACAAAGCUUGGCAUUCAUGGGCUUCGAUGAAUUUCGAAGCGGUUCUUUUCCAUAAACACCGCUUCCAGCAGCAAACAGGCGUAGGAGCGGGGGAUACGUUGGCGCAGUACGAAGGAUUCAGUAUAGGUGCAUCGCGCAGCACCUCCAGUCCGCUGCCCUUCAACACCGCCGUCAUCCAGCUGUACUGCAUUCCGGCCAUCAAGGGUUUCGUCAGCUCCAUUGCAUUAUGUCGUGGUAGUGCCUUGCAGGACAUCUUGCGACUACUGACACUGUGGUUCGAUUAUGGACACAUUCAAGAAGUGUACGAGACUUUGUUGGACGUCCUGAAAAAUAUCCAGAUUGAUAACUGGUUACAGGUGAUACCACAGUUAAUUGCCCGCAUCGAUACGCCGCGGCAAUUGGUGUCGAAACUAAUUUGUCAGUUGUUGACGGAUAUUGGACGGGUGCAUCCGCAGGCAUUGAUAUAUCCGUUGACGGUGGCGUCGAAGGCAACAGUGGAAGCUCGAAAGAACGCUGCUAAUCGCAUACUGAAAAACAUGCGCGAGCACAGUGCUAAUUUAGUGAACCAGGCCUCAAUGGUCAGUGAAGAACUGAUCAGAGUGGCCAUAUUGUGGCAUGAAAUGUGGCACGAGGCGCUGGAAGAGGCAUCGCGACAGUAUUUCGGUGAACACAACGUCAAAGGCAUGCUGGCAACUGUGGAGCCUCUUCAUCAGAUGUUGGAGAAUGGUCCGCAAACGCUGAAAGAGACAUCGUUUCACCAGGCAUACGCUAGAGAUCUCAUGGAAGCCCACGAAUGGUGCAGAAAAUACCAGCGCACCGGAAACCAGAAAGAAUUAACGCAUGCUUGGGAUUUGUACUACCACGUUUUCCGUAGAAUAUCCAAACAGCUUCCGCAGAUGACUUCGUUAGAAUUACAAUACGUAUCGCCACGUUUAACGGGUUGCCGUGAUUUGGAAUUGGCCGUACCGGGCACUUACGAUCCCGGUCAUCCGAUUGUCCGCAUUUCGGAAGUAUUGGGUCAAGUGCAAGUGAUCACGUCGAAACAGCGACCGCGAAAGAUAUGCAUUAAAGGUAGUAACGGAAAAGACUACACAUUUUUGCUGAAAGGUCACGAGGAUCUACGGCAAGAUGAGCGAGUAAUGCAGCUGUUCGGCUUAGUGAACAGUCUCUUGCUCGAUAAUCCCGACACAGCCAGAAGAAACUUGACCAUUCAGCGCUACGCUGUGAUUCCGCUGAGCCCAAACAGUGGCUUGCUUGGCUGGGUUCCCCACUGUGAUACCCUACAUGCAUUAGUUCGAGAUUACCGUGAUAAAAAGAAAAUUCUUCUGAACAUCGAACAUCGCAUCAUGCUAAGGAUGGCACCAGACUACGAUCAUUUGACACUGAUGCAGAAAGUCGAAGUUUUUGAGCACGCUCUGGAGAAUACAAAUGGCGAUGAUCUAGCGAAAGUAUUAUGGCUGAAAAGCCCUAGUUCUGAGGAUUGGUUUGACAGAAGAACCAAUUACACGCGUUCGUUAGCUACCAUGUCCAUGGUUGGCUACAUUCUGGGUUUGGGUGAUCGGCAUCCUUCGAAUUUGAUGAUGCAUCGGUUAAGUGGGAAGAUUUUGCACAUUGAUUUUGGUGAUUGCUUUGAAGUUGCCAUGCAUCGCGAAAAGUUCCCGGAGAAGAUUCCCUUCCGAUUGACGCGAAUGUUAAUUAACGCUAUGGAGGUGACCGGCAUCGAGGGCAACUACAAAGCAACGUGCGCCAAUGUUAUGACUGUACUAAGGAACAACAAAGACAGCGUGCUAGCCGUUUUGGAGGCGUUUGUGUAUGAUCCGCUUUUUAACUGGAGAUUAUUAGAUGCUAAGAAAGGGUCUUUCCGUUCCGGUGAGCCUCUGGUGUCGUCCUUUAUGGAACGCUCUGACAGCGAGGAAUCGUUCCGCUAUGAGCCCAGCCCUGUGGGGUCGAUUCGUUCGUCCACGGACGCGGCGCUGGACAUGGAUGCCAACCAGCCAGAAAUUGUCAAUAAGAAAGCCGUGGCUAUAUUGAAUCGUGUGCGAGAUAAACUGGCAGGCCGAGAUUUCUCUCGUGACUCCCUGGAUGUGCCAUCGCAGGUCAAUCUGCUCAUUAGUAAAGCAACGUCUCACGAGAAUUUAUGCCAGUGUUACAUUGGCUGGUGUCCGUUUUGGUAAAGCGCAAUGGUGUCAUAUUUUGUGAUUUUGAUUGUUUAUUUGUCUGUUUUUUUAACUGAUUUUUGAAUUUUUGCUUGUUGGUCGUUUUGUCACAUUACAUAACUGCAGAAUUUUAACAGAAUCAACUACAUGUAUAAAAAUCUGGCCCAUGAGAAACGUGUGGUCGUUACAAAACAUAAA